GUGUCUGGCUGGGCGGCAGGCUCGCGCCCGGGCUCGCCCCGUGCCGCGCCGCGCCACAGGCUCGCGCACUCAGCAGGUUGGGCUGCAGUGGCGGCAGCUGUGGAGCUGGGACGCUGCGUGUGAGAGGUCCCAGACGCGUCUGCGGCUCCGGCUCCGCCACCCUCGCCUCAGUCUCGGUGCCGGGUGCUGAGAAGGGAACAGCUCUAGCCUCGGGACCCCCGAGCACACUGCUGGCUGCUUCCGACACCGCCCUCCUUCCUUUCCCAGCCGCGGGCCUCGCUCGGUGCUAGGUGACUCCGAGAGGCGGCGGCGACGGCUGCCUGUCUGUGAGAGGAGCCUUGUUCUCCAGCCUUGCUCCGCUGCCGGGCCCUGCAGGGGCCGAGAGAGCUCGGUGCCGACCCUUCCUCUAGCCUCCCCGUGAACCGGUUGGAGCGGCGUCGGUCUCGGAGGUCUCUGGGCUGAGGCGGCGGCAGCUCCUCCGGCUCCAUCAUGUCCGCGGGCGGAGACUUCGGGAAUCCGCUGAGGAAAUUCAAGCUGGUGUUCCUGGGGGAGCAGAGCGUUGGAAAGACAUCACUGAUUACCAGAUUCAUGUAUGACAGUUUUGACAACACCUAUCAGGCAACAAUUGGUAUUGACUUUUUAUCAAAAACAAUGUACUUAGAGGAUCGAACAAUCAGGCUGCAGCUAUGGGAUACUGCGGGUCAGGAACGUUUCCGUAGCCUCAUUCCCAGUUACAUCCGUGAUUCUGCUGCAGCCGUAGUAGUUUACGAUAUCACAAAUGUUAACUCAUUCCAGCAAACUACAAAGUGGAUUGAUGAUGUCAGAACAGAAAGAGGAAGUGAUGUUAUCAUCAUGCUAGUAGGAAAUAAAACAGAUCUUGCUGACAAGAGGCAAGUGUCAAUUGAGGAAGGAGAGAGGAAAGCCAAAGAGCUGAAUGUUAUGUUUAUUGAAACUAGUGCAAAAGCAGGAUAUAAUGUAAAGCAGCUCUUCCGACGUGUUGCAGCAGCUCUACCUGGAAUGGAAAGCACACAGGACAGAAGCAGAGAAGACAUGAUUGACAUAAAACUGGAAAAGCCUCAGGAGCAACCAGUCAGCGAAGGAGGCUGUUCCUGCUAAUCCCCCAUGGCAUCUUCAACUUUCCUCCAGAAGCUCACUGCUUUGGCCCCCUUACUCUUUCAUUGACUGCAGUGUGAAUAUUGGCUUGAACCUUUUCCCUUCAGUAAUAACGUAUUGCAAUUCAGCAUUGCUGCCUGUCUCUUGGAGAUGAUCUAUUAGCUUCACAAGCACAAAAAAGUCAGUGUCUUCAUUAUUUAUAUUUUACAAAAAGCCAAACAAUUCCAGCAUAUUCCAGUGGUAACUUUAAAAAUUAGAUACAUUUUCUUAACAUUUUUUUUUCCUUUUUAAUGUUAUGAGAAUGUACUUCAAAAUGAAGGAAAUCUCAACAGUAUGUGGCUUGGUUAAGGAGCAGUUGUUCACAGCAGCACUUGCCUACCUACUUGAUCUCUCCCUGCUUUACUUGCUGUUCUUUACCCCAUUUCCUAUUCCAAUCCUCCCUCCGUCAAAACAAACAAGAGGGGGCAAAGCAGUAGUCAGACCAAGCCCAUUGGAAUUAUCCUUCAGUUUUAGCAACACCAUGUGCUCUCAAGAUAUCCAAAAUUAUUCUUAAGCACUGACAUAAAUUACUUAGACCUUAAUUGAGGUCAAAACUCAACUGUCGUGGUAGGCAGUGCUGGAAUAAGGAAAGGGUUCUGGUGCAUCUUCAGAAUGAGUCCUAAUGAACAUACUGAGUACUUACAAGUAAAUGAACAUAAAAUAUAUUUCUGACCAAAACAAAUGAUUCUUUCACAUGUUAGACUCCAGGAGAGAAAAGUAAAAGUGCUCCAGAACAGGUUUUAAAUAUUUAAUUCUUCUAAGAGCUAUUUCUUCCAGGAUUUUAAAUUUGUCAAAAUCGAGUUCUUCUGUUUGUUUAAAAAACAAAACUAAACUUUUUUAGGCAAUAGAUUUCUCGAGUUUUCUUUUUUCUUUCUUCCUUUCUUUCCUUCUUUUCUUUCUUCCUUCCUUUCUUUCUUACUUUUUUUUGAAAUGUUGUGCAGGCAAGGCACUGUAGAAAUCAAAUUCCUCUAAGAAGAACCAGUGGAAGAGUUUAAAUUUGGCACUUUGAUCGAAACUACUGUAACCAGUAGAAACAAUGAUAUCUAAAGCUUACCAACUAAAGAAUCCUCAAGAGAAUAGCAAAUACUUUGCCCAGGACAAUUGAGGUCAAAUUGAAAAUGGAAACAGUUUUCUUAUAAGCCCUAGAGGCAGAUCUGAAAAAGCAUACAUAGAAGAGGGAAAGGAGAGAAUGAAAAUAAAACUUAAUAUUAUGCAGAUUUAUGCCUUAUUUUUCAGCAUUUUUUUAUGUUGGUUCUCUCAAUCCGGUUUUGCUUUUUAUUAGAUCUGUAUAGUUUGCUUAAUUAACUAGUGAUUUAAUUUUAUAUUUAAGCUACAAUUAAUCUUUUUUCUUUGGUGAUAUUUAUUUCUUUGCCUUUUUUAAAACUACUUUCAAUUUUUAGAUGUUUUAUUCAGUCUAUUUAGAGCUUCAUAACAAUGGCAAUAUGUAUUUCCCUUAAAACACUGCAAACAAAUAUACUAGGAGUGCACCAUUUUAAUCUUUACUAGUUAUUGUGAGAUUGCUGUGUAAGUUAAUAAAUACACUUGUAAAUACAUUGUUUGCAAGAAGAAAAUUUCUGAGUUACAGCUCAGGAAAAGCCUGCUGAAUUUAUGUUGUAAGCAUUACUUAACACAGUAUAAGGAUGAAAAGACAACAAAAAUAUCUUCAUACUUCCUCAUCCCCUCAUUGCAACAAAACCCUUAACUGGGAGAACCUUAUUCCUUCCCCUCUCUUUCCUCUUCCUCCUCCACUCCCCACUUAUUGUCCAACCUUAUAAUAUUCAGAGAGCACUUGGAUUAUGGGUCUGAAUAGAUAAAUGCUUUCAGAUAAUCAUUAGCCCACAUACCCCAGUAACUUGUACUCAAAGACGGGAUGGAGUUGUAAAGUGCUUUUAUAAUACAAUAUUAUUGUUAAAGGCAAGGGUUGACUCUUUCGUUUUAUUUUGACAUGGCAUGUCCUGAAAUAAAUAUCAAUUCAAUAUGG